GAAAUUAUGCUGAGUUGAAGUUGGGCGACAUUGAAGUACCAUCACCGUCCUUUUAAACUGCACAAACCCGCAUGUGAUCUACGUGUUCGAACACUGAACUUCUGCAGUGCCCGAGGUUUCGGCCAAGAUUAGACUCAGACUUCGCUGAUAGCUGCCAUUGCAUUGCGGUCGUCCAUCAGUCUACAAGUCAUUGGCGACGUAGACAAUUUUCUAUUUCGCGGGGCUAAUUCGCUAUCAAAAUGGGGAAGAAAGCGAAAAUUGGAAAGCAGAGGAAGGACAGAUAUUAUCAUCUUGCCAAAGAAACAGGUUACAGGUCAAGAUCUGCCUUUAAGUUGAUUCAGCUGAACAGAAAGUUCUCCUUCCUCCAAGAGUCCAGAGUCUGUAUUGAUCUCUGUGCAGCACCAGGAGGAUGGCUUCAGGUAGCAUCAAGGAACAUGCCCAUAUCCAGUAUGAUUAUUGGUGUGGAUCUGUUUCCUAUCAAACCCAUCCCUAAUGUGGUCUCCUUCACUUGUGACAUCACAACAACCAAAUGCAGAAUGCAAUUGCGCAAAGAGAUGAAGACAUGGAAAGCUGAUUGUGUUCUUCAUGAUGGAGCUCCUAAUGUUGGAACAAGUUGGGUACUGGAUGCUUUCACACAAGCCCAGCUGACCCUCCAUGCUCUGAAGCUGGCCGUUGAGUUCCUCAACAAGGGCGGUUGGUUCAUCACCAAGGUCUUCCGCUCCAAGGAUUACCAGCCCCUCCUCUGGGUCUUCCAUCAGAUGUUUAGGAAGGUCCAUGUCACCAAGCCCCAGGCGUCCAGGAACGAGUCUGCUGAGAUCUUCGUCGUUUGUCAGGGCUUCAUAUCGCCAGACAAGAUAGAUCCAAAGUUCUUUGACCCCAAGUACAUCUUCAAGGAGGUUGUAGGGGAGGAGACCACCAAGCAAAAAGCCACGAUUCUGAGAGACCCCUCCAAGGUGAAGAAGGCCAAGGCUGAGGGGUACGCCGAGGGGGAUUACACCCUCUACCAUCCUGUCCAGGUGUCCAAGUACAUGGCCAGUGAGGAUGCGCUGGAGCUACUCAACAACUGCAGUGAGCUUGUGUUUGACGAUGACUCCAUCGCCUCCCACCAUCUGACGACCAAAGAGAUCAAGAUUUGUUGCCGUGACAUCAAGGUUCUGGGUCGGCGAGAGGUCAGGGAUCUUCUCAACUGGCACAAGAAGUACAACAAGGAGAAAGCACAACUAGAAGAGGAAACAGCUAAUCAAGUGAAAGAGAAGUCCAAGCUUGAGGGCAAAGAUGAAGACGGUGAAAGCGAGGAAGAUGAGGAUGAUGUGGUUGCUAAGCAACUAGCUACCAUCAAAGAGGAGGAGAGGUUAGCUGGUAAAAGGAAAAAGAAAGAUGCCCUUAAGAAGCGGAAGAAGUUACGAGAGCGACUUCACAAAUCCAAAGAACUACAAAGUAACAUGGGCGAUGAUACACAAGGGGAAUCAUUGUUUGGUCUGGUCAACAUCAAAAAUGCACAGCAACUUCAAAAGGUGAACACAGAUGAUGCCGGCACCGUUGCCAAUGACAACGAUGGUCCUCCUGAAAAACAGAAGAAGCAGCUCCCAUCCCUAAAGCCAGCCAAGACUCCUGCGGUCAUCGACCAGGAGGAGGAACUGGAGGAAGGGGAGGAGGAGGAGGAGGAUGAUGAUGAUGAUGGUAGCCUGAUUGAUAGUGAUUUAGAAGAGGACGAGGCCAACGCUCUUAGAGCUGAGAUCGACAGAGUCAGUGGAAGAUAUGAUUCAGAAUCAGACAAGGGUUCAGAUGACAUGUACUCUGAUGAUGACGAUGAAACGGGGAAUCCCCUGAUGGUAGAUCUGGAGAAGAUGGACCCCGAGGAGAGUGCCAAGAGGAGGACUAAGCUCUGGUUCAAGAAGGGAGUCUUCAAUGGUCUGGACGAGGAAGACGAUGAAGACGUAGAGAUCCAGCAAGCAUCAAAGAGUUACAAGCAGCAAGGAGGGGCUGUCCUAGAGAAGAAAGAAGGCAGUAAAGCCAUGGAGGCCGAACCGAAGAGCAAACGCAGCGUGAGCUUCAAAUCGACCGUCACCAGUCUCGGCGACAGCGGAGAUGAAGAGGAGGACGACCUAUCGUCGGAGAGUGAUGACGAGGGUGAAACAAGGACUAAACAAAAUGGUCUCAAGAAGAAGGGACCAGGGUCUGGACCCACAGGAGGUGUUGGGUCCAGGUCCAGGCCUGAUGAGUAUGAUAGCGACAGCGACAGCUCCGAUAGUGACUAUGAAGAAGAAAGUAUGAUGAGGCGGGAGAUGGAUGGAGGAGAGAUGAAUGAAAAGACGAAUGGAGUGAAUGAAGGGAAGAGCAAGAAGAGGAAAAUGGAGGACAGUGAAGACAAGAAAGAAGCAGCACCUGCCAAAAAAUCAGCAAAAAUCAAACAGCAUUUGGACCCUGAGGGACUGGCUCUGGGUACCAUGAUGGCUACAUCUAAGAAAGCAACCAGACAGAUCAUUGAACAUGCUUACCAUAGGUAUUCGUAUGGAGACCAGGACAGGAUCCCUGAUUGGCUGAGAUCGGAUGAGACUAGGCACUGCAGGAGAAACACGCCCGUUACCAAGGAGCUUGUUGCAGAGUACCGUGCGAGGCUGCGGGAGGUCAAUGCCCGUCCCAUCAAGAAGGUCGCCGAGGCCAAGGCGAGGAAGAAGAAGAAGCAAAUCGUCAAGCUGGAGAAGCUGCGGAAGAAGGCAGAGGUGAUCAGUGACCUGGUGGACACCUCGGAGACGGAGAAGAUGAGUCAAAUGAAGAAUCUAUACAAGAAGAUGAAGAUAGGGCAAACCAAGAAGAAGGACGUCAAGUACGUAGUCACCAGGAAGCACCAGUCCACCAAGAGGGUCAGUCGACCCAGUGGGGUCAAAGGUCCUUUCAAGGUCGUCGACCCCAGGAUGAAGAAAGACAUGAGGGGCCAGAAGAGAGCAGAAGCAAGAAAGAAGAGGGACAAGAAGAAGCGUUGAUCUCUCUCUCUCGCUCUCUCUCUCUCUCUCUCUCUCACACUCUCGUACGUCGUGAAUGAAGGAACUUGAUAUUAUAGAGGACAGCGUAAUAGAAAACCGAAGCUGUGACAUCAUAAAACUCUAUUUUUUGAAUUUCUCAAUUCGUUAUGUUAUGAACCAGAGCAAAAUAACAUUGAGUUCCUAUAGGAAAUUUAUUUAUUCCGAUGGUCUUAUCUCAGCCAAUACUCAACAUAUUCAAUUGAUUUUCGACAUUUGGAUAUUAUUUUCGAUGCUCUUUUGGAAAAUGAAGUAAAAAAUGAGAAAAUCUAAAAAUAGUUUUUUGAUGACGUCACACUUCACCACUCUAUUGCUUUUGUGUAGAGUACUGUGAUGUCAUGGAUUACAAUGGAAUAAUCUGGCAUAUACAUGUACAUUGAUGAAACAGCAUGGCCCCUUCAAUGGCUAUUUCACUUUUAUCUGUAAAAUGGCCCCAAACAUUUAAAUUAUGUCAGGAAUAGUCAUAUUUGUUUAUCUGCACAAGAUGAACAGCUGUAGAAAUUGUGUAAAUUAUUCAAAGAUCAAUAUUUUGUGCAUUUGAUGAAAUGUAUUGUGCACAGGAAAGAAAGAUAUUGAUGGUUUUUAUCAUUCCGUAUUGUGCCCAUAGCCCGCUUCUUCCAAUGAUUUAAAGAUUUUAAGAUAUCCAGUAGCAAGACUCUUCCUCAACCGCGUACUUGACCUAACAAAUUAUAAGUGACCCCAAGAUUAUAACAACUAUUCCAAUAUUAGACAUCUCUUGUCAUGACACCAAACAUUUCAAUAAUGUAAGGAAUAUUCAGGUAUGCUUAGCAGCACAAGAUGAACAACUGUAGAAAAGUUUAAUUUCAUCCAAAGGUCAAUAUUUUGUCAAUUUUAUUGCACAAUGUUGUGUGCAUUUGAGUUGAACCUACUCCCAAGACUUUUAUAAAGGAAGAAAAAAAAGCCUAUUCCCUACUUUGUAUUCUUUUGGGGUCUCUGGCUAUUUUGGAGAUAUUUGUCGUUCAGCAGACAUGUGAACUAUAAUACUAUCACAAUCAUGUCUAUUGGAUGGACGUCUAUAUGUUGGUAUUAUGAAGACAUCAAAAUAGUGAAAUAUUUUAGAAAUAAAUGAUUUUAUGUAACAAGUA